UUUUAUUUUUAAAUAUGUUUGCUAUAAGCACAGAUACACUUUCCCUGCAAACAAGGACAGAAUCUUUAUUUGCUUCAACGCAUUUUAAAAGCCAAAAUUCUACACUGCACUAAGAUUGAAGAGCAGGCAGAGAAAAAAGAAGUGCUUAGAUAGAGUGCAGAAUGAUGAAGCAUUGGUUCUUUUUGUUUCUCUUAGUUGUGUAUCUGACAGUGGAGCAGGGUAACCUACUCCACGUAGAAGCAGAUGGUGGGUUUGUGAGAACAAGAGGAGUGCAGCUUAUGCUGAAUGGGAGUCCCUACUAUGCUAAUGGCUUUAAUGCCUAUUGGCUAAUGUACGUUGCCUCUGAUCCAUCUCAGAGAACCAAGGUCUCAUCAGCUUUUCAAGAGGCUACAAAGCAUGGACUUAACAUAGCCAGGACUUGGGCUUUCAGUGAUGGUGGAUAUAAACCGCUACAAUACGCUCCUGGAUCCUACAAUGAGCAAAUGUUCCAGGGGUUGGACUUCGCAAUAGCUGAAGCCAGAAGAUAUGGGAUCAAGUUGGUGUUGAGUUUGGUGAAUAACUAUGAGAACUUGGGUGGAAAGAAACAAUAUGUGGAAUGGGCAAGGAGUCAGGGCCAGUCCAUAAACUCUGAAGAUGAUUUUUUCACAAAUCCUGUGGUCAAGGGAUACUACAAAAACCACAUUAAGGCUGUACUUACAAGACGUAAUAGCCUCACUGGAGUUACUUACAAAGACGACCCAACUAUAAUGGCUUGGGAACUUAUGAAUGAGAUUAGGUGCCCUUCUGAUCAAUCAGGAAGAACGGUUCAGGCUUGGAUUACUGAGAUGGCAUCUUACUUGAAAUCCAUAGAUGGAAACCACUUGCUGGAAGCUGGUUUGGAGGGUUUCUACGGGCAGUCAAAGUCAGAAUCCAACCCUAGCUUCCAUGUAGGAACAGAUUUCAUUGCAAACAAUCAAAUUCCUGGCAUUGAUUUUGCAACAGUACACUCAUACCCGGAUCAAUGGCUAUCAAGUUCAGGCUAUGAAGACCAAAUGUCAUUCUUAGGGAGGUGGCUAAAUGAGCACAUCCAAGAUGCGCAGAACACCCUUCACAAGCCACUUCUAUUUGCUGAGUUUGGGAUUUCUACAAAGAAUUUCGGUUCUAACCCAACACAAAGAGACCGGUUAUUCAACACAGUAUAUUCAGCAAUAUAUUCAUCUGCAAGUAGUGGGGGUGCUGCUGUUGGAGGCUUAUUUUGGCAACUUUUAGCUGAAGGAAUGGACUCUUUUAGAGAUGGUUACGAGGUUGUGUUAGGUGAGAGCCCCUCAACAGCUACUUUGAUUGCUCAAGAGUCUCAAAAACUAAACCGAAUUCGUAAGAUGUAUGCCAGACUUAGAAACAUUGAGAAGUGGAAUAAAGCAAAGGAAAUUAAAGGCUCACAAUGGCAUGUUGGUGCUAACAGCGGAAACCGAGUAUAAGUUUUUAACUAGCAUAAUAUAUAUAGAGUUAGCAACUUUAAACCUCAUUUACGUGUGGAUUGAUCUUCAGAAUGAAGGGUCCAAAUAAUCCUAGAGGGCUGAAUGGCCUAUUUCCAUUACAGUUUACAAGUGAAGUGUCCUACGAAUGUAUAAUCUUUUUAUAUAUUUAUAUGUUUCUCAAUUCUCAUCAGCGUAUGAGAGCUGGUAGAAUUAAGCCAUUAACUAUUAUUUAUUGAGAUAUAUGGAAAGUAAAUUGUAAUAUACAAGCAAGGAUUUCAU